AUGGAUUCUCUCACUGAGGCAAACAACAUGCUUGCCAUUACCCUUCUGAAAAAGCUUUGCAAAGAAAAAACAGAAAAUGUGUUGUUUUCUCCCCCAAGCCUCUCAUCUGCCCUGGCCACGAUUCUCUUGGGUGCAAAGAAUGACACAGCAGCCCAAAUAGAACACUUGUUUUCUUUAGACAGAGAUGGAGAUAUUAACCUGGGUUUCCAGUCACUUCUCACUGAAAUGAACAAACCAGUCACUUUGUACCUGCUUGGAACCACCAAUAGGCUCUUUUUCAGAGAAAAUGCUCUAAAUUUCCUCCCAUCCUUUAAAGAAUCCUGUGAAAAAUUCUACAAUUCGGUACUGGAAGAUGUUUGCUUUUCUGAAGAGGCAGAGGCUGUCAGGAAACACAUAAAUGCUUGGGUAGCAGAAAACACUGAAGGUAAAAUUUUAGAGGCUUUACCUGAGGAUUCCGUCAAUCCACUUAGCCUAUUGAUCUUUGUGAAUGCUAUCAACAUAAAUUUAAAAUGGAAGACUGAUACCGAACCUAUGAAGAGAUGUUCAUUUGUUUCAUUUAAACAGAUGCACAGAAUAUCACAGAUUAUGGUGAAGGAAGAGGGAUUUCUAGGAUUCUAUAUAGAAGAGCUAGGUGCUAAUGUUUGUAUAAGUACACAUAAUAGAAUGGAUUGGAAUAUUAUCUUAGUGCUUCCUGUUGAUGAUGGCAAAAAGAUGGAAGAAGGGCUUACCUAUGAAACAUUUAUAACCUGGACAAAACCAGAAGCAGUGGACUUGAUGGAAAUUCUUAGGAAACAAUUGUUCCUCCCCAGAAUCAAGAUAGAGGAGUCUUAUGACAUGGUUCAUAUUCUCUGUAGUUUGGGAAUAUCUGAUGCCUUUCAGGAGGAUAAGGCUGACUUUUCUGGACUGUCAACACUCAAAGAUUUGCACCUAUUAAGUGUCUUUCACUUAUCUUUCCUGGAAUUCACUGAAGAAGGUAUCAAAGCAUCUGCUGCCACUGUAGCAGUGGAGAUACCAGGAAAUGCAAAGGGAAAAGGACUUAAGACUCCUAGUUUAUUCUUUUUCUUUAUCUGGAGCCAUAAAAUUAAGAGCAUCCUGUUUUGUGGCAGAGUUUGCAUUCCUUAA